AAUUAACACAUCAAGGUUUCCGAGCCCCUAAAAUGUGAAAAUAUCAUCUAUUAGUAAUUAUACAUUUGUUUAUUUCAUAAUUUUGUGGGCUAUCUCCGGUGGUGUGGGUCUAUUUUGUGUCAAGCGCUUGUUUUGUAAAUUAUUCUUGUAGGCUGUUAUCUUAAGUGUACUAUAAGUUUCUUUUGAUUCAAGUCAUUUGUGUUUAGAUAAUAUUGUAAUUUCUAUAGCUGCGGUACCGGCCGAGGAAUCUAGUCUCUGGUGUUUUCCCUUUCAAAUGUCAGUAAGCCUUUGUCUGAUGUCGUUCGUAAGAAAUGAACGCUGUGAUCUCACAAAGGUCUAUUAUAUUCGUAUAAUGUUUUAACAUUAAAAGAACUGAAUAUUCAGUUCCCGCCACUACCCUUAAUUCUGUUACGGUGUAACAUAGUCUGGUUAUAAUAAAUGUAGUAUCUUUAAUUCAAAAUGAACAAGAGAUCGAGGGAAUCUAUUUGUAGUGGUUCUGAAACCCAGGAUCAUUCAAGCAUCGACUUUUUCGGUGGAAAAUCCAUGCAUCCUCGUUCGAAACAUACUAUGAAGCAUGAUUUUCUAUCUCUUUCCAGAAUACUUCCGGUGCUUAAAAAACAUAUGACAUUGAACUUAAAGUGGAAACCAAAAAUGCCAAAAUAUCUCAUGUAUCAUUUUGAUUUCACCCAUCCUGAUGCAGUUUACCAUUUGUCUAAGGCAAUUCUGAAAUGUAUCUACAACUUGGAUUUUUAUCUUCCGUGCGGAUGUCCAAAUGGAUGUUGCGACUCGGAGUUUGAAUCCGAACUUCCCAUGGAAACCCCGCAAGUCGAUUGUUCUGAUUUCGUUUUUGAACGUUACCUAGCUCCCUGUGUACCUAACAGGGUAAACUAUAUUCAUCAUGCAGCUGAUUUACUGAAACUUGAAAACAACAGCUAUGAUGGUUAUCUAAAUUCCGUUAUUCCGUUGAAUAAAAUACUUACUGGGGGCCAUAUUGUUGUUAUGGACAUUGGGACUGGUGCAAAUUGUAUUUAUCCUCUUUUAGGCACUGCUGAGUAUUCCUGGAACUUUAUAGGUGUUGAUAUAGACGAAGAAUCACUUGCGUUAGCCAGGAAGAAUGUUUUUCUCAAUAACCUUGAGAAAAAAAUUACUCUAAGGUUACAGGAUAAUCCCAUAUCAAUGUUUGGAGGAGUUAUUUGUUCAUAUGAACUAAUAUGUCUCACACUUUCUAAUCCCCCUUUUCAUUCAUCAAUUAAAGAGAUCAACCAAAAUCCAAGAACUAUAACCUUGGGUAAGAAAAACGAAAUUAUUUUUACUCAAUCUCAGUUCUCUGUUCAUUUAUUAAAGGCUAAGUAUUUGGACUGUCUGGACAACUCAGAAAAUUGUAUGAUUCGUGGGACUGUAAAAUACACUUUUUCGGAAGACUGUAUGGAGCACGGGGAACUAGCUUUUAUCGAAAUUAUGCUUCUAGAAAGUAGACUGUAUGCUUUUAACGUUCUUUGGUUUACAUCACUGGUGGCAAAACUUUCCACAUUAAAAAAGAUUAAAAGAAAAAUCCAGUCUGACAUGCGCCUAUAUAACGCGUCAAACACCGUUCAAGAAGCCUUUUUGAACACGAAGCUUAGUCAAUUAGAUUUUCAUGCGGAAAGCUCUACUAUGAAAUUUGGACAUUGUACACAAGACAGCAUUGAUGUGUCAGAUUUGCAUGUUUGUGAAUUCAGAACGUUUGUGCUGAACCAAGGGAAGCAAACAAGAUGGGUUGUGGCAUGGACCUAUUACAAUAGUACCCAAAGAUCUAGAAUCAUUGAAAAAUUGCAAAAUAUGCAGAAAAAUAACUAUGAAACCGAUAAGUAG